AUGCCCAUUUUCAAAGACCCAGAUCGCCAGUCGCCCUAUGUCUUCCCGCCCCGGUCCCAUGACCAAAGUCAUCCCGACGUCUUGCCCUCUCUGGCUGCCCCGGCGAAAGAAAUAGACAGCUUCCAGGACCAAAUCAUGACCGACGCCAUACCUGACGGACCGAGCACGGAGUCCCAGAAUCGCCCCACGUUGCAGACCAGCGAUCGAGAUGAGCUGAUCCGAAGUAUCAAAAGAGGAGAGAGCCCGACGUGGGUGCCGAGCCCUUCUCUGGAGAAGUAUUUUGCGGCUCACGGAGAUGCUCCGCAAACCAGGCUGGAAGAGUUGCAAAAGAGAACAAAACUAUCUCUUUCACCGGACGAGGAUAUACUGCUACCGUUGGAGCAAUCUCCGAGCAGUGAAGGCCGGAGUUCAAGCAACCUAUCAUUAGACCUGGCAUCCGAGAUCGAACGUCCAAGGUCGGCUUUACAUUCGGGCGAUUUUCACGAGCGUUCUCCUCAUGCCCCAACAGAGUCUGAAAAAUGCUGUUUUGUUCCACAAUCCAAUCUUGGCAUGCCAGCUGCCUCACCUACAAUCCCUUGGGCCUCGCAGGAGAAUCAACCGUAUUCAUUUCAAGAGCCACCGUCAUCGCCACAGCUGGAACGUAUAGGUUUCCUUGACUCCUUUAGUCAAUUACGAGCCUCUUCGUUUGGCUCCAAUGCAACCAACUAUGUUCUCAAACCAGCUACGAGCCCCCUUGUCCAACAGGCUAAUAACCCGGACCUUGAUCUGCCUCCCGGAAUUGAGUCGCUUGAGUUAGCUCCGUCCUCCGCUAAGGCUAAUCGCCGACGAACACUACCGCCAGAUGCGUUCCAAGCAUCGUCGCAAAAUCAACAAUGGAAUCACACCAACAGAGCGUCAUCAGUGUUCCCCCACAGAGAAGGGCUGUUUUCCUAUCAGGGACACCGGCCACGAAAGUCCUUAACAUCCGGGUUUUCACUACAGCCCACCUCAUCUCCUCAAAAUUCAUUUAUUUCCCGCAGCCGGCGUAUGUCCCAUUCAUCUGAGGCGACACUCUCAUACCAUGCCUCCAUGGUUGGCUCCUUCGAAGAAUCUAUUCUUCGUGGUAGAAUGUCGAUGUCUCCAUCAAGGCCCUUAGAUUUCACCGCCCAAAUUGGAGUACUGGGAAAAGGCGAUUGUAAACCUGGCUUGAAAUGCCCUCUUCAUGUGACUGUGUCGUUUCCAGCCGUCUUUUACAGCUAUCCCGCUUCGGGCGGCGGAAGAACUAUAUCAGAUGACAACCCAAGCCCAUAUGUGGGCUAUAUUGAUGUCGAAAAUUCUUUUCCAAAAGAAAACCGCCGGAGUAGGAAAGGUUCCGAGCAGAUAUCAAUACCUCCAAAGUGUCCUUGUCCUCAUAAUAUAAACGAGGAGCGUAUUGCUAAAUUUCAGACGCGAGGAAAAAGAUCAGGGCGAAGAUCUCAGUCUCCGAAGUCUCCACCUGGAGGUUGCUACAGAAUUCCACAGCAGGGACAACUACAAAUCGUAAUCAAGAACCCCAACAAGACAGCAGUCAAGCUAUUUCUUGUUCCUUAUGAUCUUGAGGGGAUGGAACCGGGAACAAAGACAUUUAUUAGACAGAGAUCCUAUUCCGUCAGCACUAUGUCUGACAUGACCGUAUCAGCACAGGAGAAUAACUCCCAGACACAAUAUGAAACAACCAACGAUAAGCCCAUACUCCGGUAUCUUGUCCAUUUUAACAUAUGUUGUCCAUCUAAAGGCCGCUUCUAUCUAUACUCUGGAAUUCGAGUUGUGUUUGCCAAUAGGGUUCCAGACGGCAAGGAGAAACUAAAAAAUGAGUUACACUACCCUGAACCUCGUUACUCUCCUUACAGGCCCACAAAAGGAGUCAAUAGCUGUGUGAUUAAAACCUACUCAGACGCCGCUUCGAAAGGCCCAAAUCCUGAGGUCGGAUUUGAAUUAGGUUCUCAAGGGUUUUUGAAUCUGGUUGAUUUUGGUCCCAGCAAAAUGACGCCCCUGGCAUCUUCAGCGAAGUCUUCAGCCUUGCCUAUUUAUCAUCAACCGAGCAACAAUUCUAUACCAAUGGAAAUGAAUAUAAACCCGAUUCAUAGGCCAUUAAACACAUAUCAAUUGGACUCACUCGAUUUUCCCUAUUUGGAUGAUGAGUCUUUACGGUCACAGGCUUCAAAUACGUUAACCGACUCAAGACCAUGUGAGGAAAUUCGGAGUAAAUUUAGGAGGGAAAAGGAUUUCGACAGUGGAAGAUAUAUUCCUACUCCUACCUUGAAUAAUAUAGGCUCCGGAAGUCUGUUGGCACAGAAGCUGCGCGGUUUUCAAGAUCGUCAUUUUCAUAACAAGUGA